UGUGUAUAAAACAAGCCAAAGGAAGGGAGACCUGUUAUUUUUCACGGUCGCUUUCCAUAAAGAUGUUCUGUACGCCCUGCGCGCGCCACUGUUGCGCUUUUCUUCAAGUGCUUAACUAAUCGCUGUUAUCUGUGCGCGUUUUCUUUCACCAAACGCUUGAUUUCUGCAGCACUGCUUCGGACCUUUAUUUUGGAUUCCUGUAGCGCAGUUCGGAACACUUGGAGGACUUUUUUAUUAUUAUUUCAGCACAUGAGAAGGUGACCCCACAUUUAAAACACUGGCAAUGUUUUGAAAGUCUGCUCGACCACAUUGAGAAGGAAAGAUGUGGGGGAUGCCCAAAAUGAGAUAUGCUGACUGUAAUGGUUCGGAAACGAGUGAGGAGACAGAAAUCAUUGUUAACAUCGGGGGAGUACGGCAAGUUCUCUAUGGGGAUGUUCUUAAUCGCUACCCGGGGACCAGGCUAGCGGAACUGGUGAACUGCUCCUCUGGGGGUUAUGAUGCUAUUUUCUCCUUGUGCGAUGACUACGACCCAGGUAAAGGGGAAUUUUAUUUUGACCGGGACCCGGACGCUUUCAAAUGUAUCAUAGACGUUUAUUAUUUUGGGGAAAUCCAUAUGAAAAAGGGAAUUUGUCCCAUCUGCUUCCUAAACGAAAUGGAGUUUUGGAAAAUCGACCCAAGCUUCCUGGAUGAGUGCUGUAAAAGCAAUUUGAGUGAGAAAAGGGAAGAACUGGAAGAAAUUGCUGGCAGAGUUAAAUUGAUACUGGACGAUUUGGAAGGGGAUCCCUCCGCUACCCGCUGGCAAAAGUGCCAAAAGUUUCUGUGGAAAUUCAUGGAGAAGCCGGAGUCCUCCUUGCCAGCGCGCGUGAUUGCUAUCGUGUCUUUCUUUUUCAUCUUGAUUUCCUCAGUGGUCAUGUGUAUGGGGACCAUCCCGGACUUGCAAAUCGAAGACGCGGAGGGCAACCAUGUGGAACACCCCACUUUAGACUCCAUCGAGACCGCCUGCAUAGGGUGGUUCACCAUUGAAUAUAUUCUCCGCUUAAUAUCAUCGCCAAAUAAGCUGCACUUCGCCCUGUCGUUCAUGAACAUUGUUGACUUUCUAGCCAUCAUGCCGUUCUACGUCAGUUUAACCCUAACCCACCUUGGAAACAAGAUGAUGGAACUGACCAACGUUCAGCAAGCUGUACAGGCUCUCCGCAUCAUGAGGAUCGCCCGCAUUUUUAAACUAGCACGGCACUCUUCUGGACUCCAAACCCUCACCUACGCCCUGAAACGGAGCUUUAAAGAGCUGGGUCUGCUGCUGAUGUACCUGGCAGUGGGGAUCUUCGUCUUCUCAGCCCUGGGGUAUACCAUGGAACAGAGUCACCCCGAGACGCUUUUCAAGAGCAUCCCACAGUCUUUCUGGUGGGCCAUAAUUACCAUGACCACUGUGGGGUACGGUGACAUCUACCCUAAGACCACCCUGGGCAGAUGCAAUGCCGCCAUAAGUUUCCUGUGUGGGGUGAUCGCAAUCGCGUUGCCCAUUCACCCCAUUAUAAAUAACUUUGUCAUCUACUAUAACAAACAGAGAGUGCUGGAGACCGCGGCCAAGCAUGAGCUCGACCUCAUGGAGCUACACGCUGGCAAGGCUACCAGGGAAACCGGGAAACCGAGCAGUACCACUGCGGCGCUGGAGAGCAACCUGAAAAUGUCACAUAGCGACACUUACAUCCCGCUGUUAUCAGACUCGAACUAUAGGACAAGACUCCAAAGCUGUAAAUAACUGGCUUUAAGAUUUUCGAUUUGUUUAUCAAAGACCGGGACGUCUUGUGCAAUGUAAGGGUUCAAACGGCGAUGGAAUUUAGGCGCUUAGGACUGAAAUACACUCAUCUUAAAAGAACAUGGAAAACAGUGCGCAUAGCUAUUCCAAAAUAAGAUUUUCUGUCAUGAUGUGUGUUUUUUGAGCAGUUAUGCAUUUUGCAUGAAUAUCUACGUAGUGUACAAUUCGUAGGAUAUUUAUCGAAAUAAUAUAAUGAAACGUAUCAGAAUCGAUUUUCGUAAAUGAGAAUGCAUUAAAAAUAAAAGGAAACGUAGUUUAACAAACAGCAGUAUCAUGCUUACCAAAGGUUACAAUCUUUUCGCAAAACUGUAAAGUUCUGUGUAGUGUCCUUUUCCUAGAACUGGAUUUUGUUAUUUUAUCUCCUCUUUGCCGUGUUUAAAUACAGUACGUCCGACGGGAGAUGUUCACAUUUAUCUUUCAUUUUUAACCCUACGUAGUAGCAAUACCCGAAUUACUAAAAAAUAUCCAUGACUAAUAAUAACCGCUGUCGUAGCCUGUACUUUGUUAAUAUGGAUAAUACUCGAAUUAAUUAUAGAGGACUAAAUUCAAACUGUAUUUUUCACCACUUCAUGUUACAUUGGAAAUAUGAUUACAGUACAUCUUGGUCUACUGGUUGGAGCAGCAUUUUGUAAGACUGUGAAUAGAUCUCUGAAUGGUGAUACUAUAGUUAUUUGAAAACAAAUUGAUUUAUUUCAGUUAACGCUAAACUGUAUCGCCGUCCGAUGCGUGUUUCUCAUUUAACACGGUAUUGUAAUUUUAUUUAUGGACUGUCAUAUUUAUAAUUUUAACUUUUAGCUCCAAAUUACUGUAUCACCCAAUCUGCAUUAUUCUCUCGUGCGUUACCUUCUGUGUUAAGUAUAUCUUCUUAUAUCGCAUGUCUUAGUUCGAUUGCAAGACAAAAGAAAUGAAAAGGUUGAAGAACCCCUUUAAAAGUGGAAUUCAAAUGUUAGUAGGUUAUGUGAAACACGUACAAAGAUGGUUUGACACUGCAGAAGUAAAUCUCAUGUUCUUAAAUUGUAACGUUUUCUUGUAAGUAUUGAGAAAGAUUAAAUCAUUUAUUCUAUACAUUAA